AAUUUAUUUAAUAUAAAAAUUGUGAAAACACAAUAUAAAUUUACGUUUUAAGUAAUUUUAUUAAAUAAUAAAAUAUGGGUCGUCGUUCAAUAAACACCACAAAAAGUGGGAAAUAUAUGAAUCCCACUGAUCAAGCACGUAAAGAAGCACGUAAAAAAGAAUUAAAGAAAAAUAAAAAACAGAGACAAUUAGUACGUGCUGCUGUUUUAAAAGGCAAAGAUCCUGCUCAAAUUAUUGAAGAAAUGGAAAAAAUAGAUCAAAUGGAAUAUAAUGUUAUGCAACCACCACCUCUUAAUGAGAAAGUAUUGAAAGAUAAACGGAAGAAAUUAAAGGAGACUUUAGACCGUGUCUUAAAAAUGUAUGCAAAAGAUGAUCAAGAAAAAUGGGCUGAAUUAAAAGAACAAUUAAUUCAAUAUGAACGUAGAAGAAUAGAUUUAGUUUCUUAUUUUGAAGCUGUAAGACAUGCACAACAAGUACAAGUUGAUGAAAUUCCAUUACCAUCAGCUGGUAAUGAUAUAUCUCGAAUGUAUUCAGGUUCCUUAACUUCCCAAAUACCUUUACCAGAUAUGCCACAACCACCAGCACAUAUGUAUCCUCCUCAUCCACAUUACAUACCACAACAUCAUCCUCUUAUGAACAUACCAAUUCCACCAAGCAUUUUAAAAAAAACAAGUGCAUAUGCAACAUCUUCUUCUAUAGCAACAUUAGCACCUAAUAAGGAACCACCUGGUGUUCCACCUUUUCCUCCCCCUGAUUUAUCAAGUGAUGAUGAAGAUACAUCUGAAAAGUCUAAAGAAUCAGCACCAAAAUCAAGAACAAUUCGAUUUGCGGAUGACAAAGAAGAUAAACAAGAAUCAGAAAAUAAAGAUAAAGAUGCUGAUAAAGAAAAAGAAAAAGAAAGAGACAUAUCUAAAGUAAAACCAACUACUUUACAACAGAAAAUGUUAGCCAUGGCAGGACAAGAUAUUGACCAAUUUAUGCGUGAAAUGGAAGUUGUUCAUAAAAAACGAGAAACCGAACGAGCCCAAGAUUUAAAUGCUCGAUUAUCGUUACUUGAAGCAGAAAAUGAAUCUAAUUCAAAAUCUAAUAACAAAUCUGUUAAUAAUAAAACAGAAGAAGAAGAUCUAGAACCACCAGGAGCAUCAGAUCAUUCAUCAAACCAUAAUCAACAUACAUCACAUUCUCAUUCUCAGCAUACACAACCACAUACAAUGCCUCCUAUGGGAUUACCACCUCCUCCUUUAAUGUAUAGACCUCCACCACCACCAUUACAUUUAAGAAUGCCUCCACCACCUCCUCCUCGUAUUGGACUUCGUUUACCUCCUGGUCCACCACCAGGAAUGCCAAGAAUGUUAAGACCUGGUCCACCAAGUAUGCCUAGAAUGCCUCCUCCACAAAUGCAAAUGCCAAAUUUAUCAAAUAUGACAAACAUAGGAAAUCCCCAAUUGCAGACACAAUCUGGAACAGGAUCACAACCUAAAACACCUAAUGUACUUUCUGCUGCACCACAAUUAAUUAAUAGAAAAGAUAAAGAUGGUAAAUGUACUACAACUAUUGAAGCAAAACCACAAAUUAGAAAUUUAGCAGCUGAUGUUACAAGAUUUUUACCUACCUCGCUUCGUGUGAAAAGAGAUGAUAAGAAAAAACCAAGUACUCUGUCAAGACUUUCAGAAAGGAUACCAGAAACACAGCCAGUACGAACUACUCAACCUAAAACAAAAGAUGAUGCAUAUAUGCAAUUUAUGCAAGAAAUGGAAGGAUUACUUUGAAUUUAUAACAUUUUAUAAUACAAUUUUUCUGAAUAGUAAAAAGUUAAAUCUUGUAAAAUAUGUUACAAUAUAUUAUUGGUAUAAUUAAAUAACUAAUGAUGUA